UGACUUCCCGAGGGAAUGGAAUGCCUGGAAUGCCUGAAGAUUGAUAGCGGAAGAAUGCCUCAGGAUACCAUGAUUGAUGAGCGGAAAUCUCCAGCUGCUUCAACUUCCUCCGACCAAACCUUCUAUUCACACACACUUCCUUGAUCGAUCCACCGUGAAACACUCCCUCACCUGACCACCGACAACUAAAAAUAACAAGCAUACACCGCGUACACCUGGUUGGACGGAUAAUCCCAUCCCUGUCGUCCAGCAAGCGUCUUCCGGAGUAGCAGGUAAGCCGUCCUUACUUCGCACCUACCACCUCGCCCCGCCCCCCAUUUCCUCUCUUUUAGGUGGCACUCCAACUGAUUCCUCCGUCGUGACUCGCCAGUAUCACCUCCCUAGAUUUAUUGGAGAAGACCUAAAUGGAUGGAUCCAGCGAAUGAGGAGACGGGCUCGGUGCCUCGGCCACAACCCCUUCCCCAACCUUCCCCGCCUCAGUCGUCGACGCCGUCCAACGCCGGCGUUACAGACUCCACCGCGCCGUCGAAAGGAGCGACGGACAGCAGCAGCAACAACGGCAACAACAGCAGUCGCGAUAACAACAAUGUCUCUAUCCUCCCCCAGCCCCAGCCCCGCACUCAUACCACUUCGAAAGAUCGCCCCGUGUCCGGCGUAGUUCCACCCUACUGGAGCCACCAUCGGGAUACGUCGCGUACCUCGCAAGCCUCGCUGGAACAGUUGCCUCCCAUCAGCUUGGAGGAUCACACGGAGGACCCGGAUUCGGAGACUACCAGGGGACUGUGGGCGCAGAGUGUCUCCAUAGACGACUAUGCGGUGGUCCAGGGAAAGACCGGCGUAGGGUCGUAUGUGGUCUGGAACUGCACGAUUAACACUCUUGAGCAGGGAGGUCCCAUCACCGUGCGUUUGAGGUACUCCGAAUUCGACGACCUGCGCCGACGACUGGCUGCGUCGUUUCCCCACGCGAAGAAUGCUCUGCCGGUGCUUCCUCCGAAAAGCAUCAUCUACAAAUUCCGACCGGCGUUUCUCGAAUCCCGAAGGAUAGGACUGGCAUACUUUCUCAACUGUGUCCUUCUCAACCCGGAGUUUUCGAGCUCGCCCGUCGUGAAGGAAUUUCUAUUUGGUCGGACGUGCUGACGCCCAUAUAUAACCCUACGCACGGCUACGAAGUUAUGUCUUUCCUGCCUCUUUAUUACUAUUAGAUUUUGCAUGGAGUGGUGGAGCGUCCUGGAG